AGUAGGCAUACAGUAUAAAAUAAACCUUUUUCCCAGCGCAUUUACGCAAGAGAUUGCAUAUUAAAAAAAGUAUAUCUAAAAAACUUGAUCCACCAAUAAAAUCUCUUAAUAAAAUUACUUCGCCUAAUCAUGUCCAGUUUAUCAUUGCUCAACUCUUCGGGAGUCAUGCCUUUUUUGACCUUAACCGCUGUUUUUUUGUUCAUUGGUCCAGUGUUAAUCAUGGGGAUCGCUACCAUGUGGUCAAACCUCAAACAAAAAAUUUCCGAUGGACUUUCUGCACGUGUCACUAGAAUCGUCAAUGAUCUUGAUACAAAAAAUAAUACACCGGAAAUCGAAAACAUCUUCAGUAAACUCACUGCUGAAAUUAAUACUAAAAUCACCAAUGAACUUUCCACUCUCCUUUCUGAAGUUAAUUCUUCCUUCACUGCGGAGCUUGUGAGAAACAACAAUGAACUUAAUAAGAAACUUACCGGAGAAAUCGCUAAAAUCAAUUCACGUGAUGCUGGCUACUUCUCUGAGGCGCAGAACAUUUUAUCGAUAAUCAAUGAUAUUGAAGAAGACUGCCGUAAUGAUUUUGGCAAAAUUUCAUCUGAAUUCAAUUCGAUCGAAUUUGAUCAGUUGAGUGAGAACCAAUCCGAGGCUUCUAAUCGAUCACGUGGAAGCGCUAAUUCUUCAUCCGGUAAUUCAUCCGGUUCAUCCAAUUCAUCUCUUGUGGAAAAUAGGAACCGUUUUAAGAGAGUUUUUGACUCGGAAAAGGAAGUGGGGGAGACUAAUGACUAUGCGCUUGAAACUGUGAGACGUGAAAUUCGACAUCUUACCGGGGAAAAGAUUGGAAAGAGUACUGUAGAAAAUUUUUAUUAUGGUAGAGGGGAUCCAAAAUUUAGCACAGUGAUGUCAAUUAUGAGAUGGGUAGAUAGUAAAGAAUUUAGUGGUAGUUUAGAUAAUAAUGCGGAGUAG